UCUAUCUCUCUCACUCUUUUUCAAGGCAUUGCCCGUAAUUGACAAGCAGCGCGCAGUGUGACGUUACGUCGUUCGCUUUCUGUAACCUCAAAUUUUAAUGAACCACGCAAAGACGCAAAUGACAUCUUCCUUGUAGUGACACAACGUACACUUAAAUUGCACAUACUUUUUCAUUGUAUAAAAGGAUAUUACGUGCGUAUACUCACUCAAACACGUUUACGUUAUAAUAUUUUUCAAGUGGUCAAAUAAUAUCCGUUGUACGGUCUUCCUGUGUCGUUUGUUCUUCCGGAUGAAAGAGACGAAAGAGAAUUUAUUAGUACGUAUUUGUAAAUGUAUUUAAUUAUUGUUAAAGAUCUUUGAGUAUUUUUGAUUGAUAUUUAUCCAUUUAACUCUCUUUCUCUCUCUCUCCCCCCCCCCUCUCUCUAUCUAUCUAUCUAUCUAUUUAUCUAUUUAUUUAUCUAUCUAUCUAUCUAUCUAUUCUCUUUCUAUUCUCUUCCUAUUCUCUCUUAUCUUUAAUUCUAUAUGUACGUAUGUAUGAACAAUAGGCAACUUCAUCAUACUCAAUUGAAUUGAUAUAUUUGAAAAUCUGUAAAACAGUCAUGCGACGAACGUGGUUGUAAGAUUUAGAUAGAGAUUAAUUUUUGUAGUUUUAUUCUAUAUGCUUUUCGCUUUUAUCUAUGUAUGGGAAAUUUAUCAAUGAACACAUUGAACGGUCAUCGAAGAAGAAGAAGAAAGAAAGCUUUGUAGCAGAUACGAACAUUGGCCUUUUUUCAUUAAUUAUACAGAAUUUAAACGAUAUCGAAUAAUAUCGUUUAAACCUAAUUUCGAUGAUUUCGUGAUUAUUAAAGAAAAUAUAUUGUGCGGUAGAAUGAUUUAAAAUUGAUAAUGAUGUCAUAUAAUAAUAGAGAGAUAAUAUUAGACUUUUCCAAUGGAUAAAAUUUUGCAAAUGGUUGCAAAAUAAAUUUGAAUCUGUUAUAAUGAAUCAACUAAGGGAAUAUCGAUCAGUUUAUUAAAUUUUAUAUGUAAACAAGUGGAUGCCCAUUUAAUAAUCUCAAAAAUGCAGCAGUGCUGUGUAAGCCACCAAGUUCAAUUAUGGCUUUUACUAUUACUACUUUGUGUCGCAUAUUGUGGUGCAGACAUUUUAGUAUUCUCAGCAGGUACCAGAUAUCAGGUAGAUGAUGAAUUUAGAGAUAUGCCAGCAAGAUUUGGUGGCUUUAUACCAUCUGAAGGGAUUAAGGGCAUGGUUGUUUAUGCUGAUCCUCCUAAUGCUUGUCAUGAAAUAAGUGGCCCUCCAAAUGAUACAAGUUAUGAAGGGAGUUGGAUAGCUUUAAUUGCUCGGUAUGAGUGUAAGUUUGAAAUUAAAGUGCGAAUGGCACAAAAGGCUGGUUAUGAUGCUGCCAUUAUACAUAAUGUGAACAGCGAUGAGUUAGAACCAAUGUCAGCCGAAAAUCCAUUAGGAAUAAAAAUACCAUCUGUUUUUGUUAGUGAACGAACAGGAUUAAUUAUAAAAAAAAAUUAUUUGUAUGAUCAAUUAUAUUUUGUAUUGAUUAAUGACGAUCUACCAUUUAAUAUUAAUACACAUUUGCUUUUGCCAUUUGCAAUUGUUGUCGGAAUAUGUUUUUUAGUCAUGGUUAUUUUUAUGAUUGUCAGAUGUAUUAAGGACAGAAGAAGGCAACGUAGACAUAGAUUACCAUAUUCAAGUUUAAAAAAAAUGCCAACUCAUAAAUAUACAAAAGGUGAUCCUUAUGAAACAUGUGCUAUUUGUCUAGAUGAUUAUAUGGAAGGAGAAAAAUUAAGAGUGUUGCCUUGUGCCCAUGCUUACCAUAGCAAAUGUAUUGAUCCUUGGUUGACAAAAAAUCGUAGAGUAUGUCCAGUCUGUAAACGAAAGGUUUUUGCAGCAGACGAACAAGUUAUUACAGAUGAAAGUGAUUCAGAUGCUGAUGACUCAACUCCUUUGAUACGAGAUGGCUAUCAAGGUACUCAAGGGGGAACUUUCAUACGUCAAAGAGAAAAUCCUUUUAAUAGAUCUAGGAGAACGCAAAAUAGGCAGGAUAUGAAUAAUUCUAGCAGUGGCUCAGAUUCUGAGCCAUUUUCAACAACAUCUGAUGAUGAUGGUAGUAUAAGUACUGGGGAGCCUUCUGGUGGAAUAGUUUUCAUGGUUUCUGACUCACAUAGCAUUAAUGGCGAGUUGCAAGAUUUAGAACGAUCUGUAAGCAGUACGAAACCACAUACGGUUAACUUAUACACAGAAACACAAGAAUUUCCUGUUCCUGUUGUACAAAUCACACCAAUCCGACAAACAAGGAUUUUAGUGAAUUCAACAACUUUAAAUCCUGAUCACCUUGCCAUAGCUGCAGACAAUAGAAGUGCAAGUACAACUUCUAUUGAUUCUGAAAGAAAUGAUGUUGCAGCAUAAUAAUAAUUAAUUGAAAAAUUAGAUCCACUAUCUUUGGUCAUCUUAAAAAUUACUGACAUGAAAUAUUAGCAAGUUUGCUACAGGAUAUGGAAAAUAAUAAUUUGCUAAAGAUAUUUUUUGACAUGUUAUUUUACCUCAAGGGACUGUAACAUCAAAUAUAUUUUUCUGCAGAUUUUUUCUGUAUUCUGUUAUAAGAGGUGAUACACAAAUUGCUUAUACUGAUAUAUUUUUGCUUACAUUGAUAUAUAUCUAUCUUGUUAUAACUUAUAACUUAUUAUAUAUAAAAUCAAACAUAUUAUUAGGAUUUUUUAAUUAUGUUGUAGAAAUCAUCACGUGACAUUUAGUUUAAUUGGAAGGAUUAUUGAUUUCACAGAGUAUCAUUAAUUAAUUAAUUAUAAUCAGUUAAAAUAUUGGUAUAUAUAUAAAGUAUUGGAUAUAUGUAGUAAUACUGAAAAUGUGAUAUAAACCGAAUAUGAUAUAUCCUGUUAAUGUUAUGCUUUGCACUGAUUAGGAAAUAUGGGAAUAUCGUCUUGUAUAGUACCUAUUACUUUAUAAUUGUUUAGAUCUAUUUAAACAUACAUAUCCAUAAUGAUUUUAAUUAAAAUUUCCAUUUUACUUUACUUGCA